AUGUGUUGCAACUACGGCAACUCCUGUGGUUAUGGCUGUGGCUAUGGCUAUGGCUGUGGAUGUGGUCCCUAUUAUGGCUGUGGUUAUGGCCUCCGUUAUGGCUGUGGUUAUGGCUCAGGGUAUGGCUGUGGCUAUGGCACCAGAUAUGGCUGUGGCUAUGGCUAUGGCUCCAGCUGCUGUGGCUACCAGCCAUUUUGCUAUAGAAGAUGUUAUUCCUCUUGCUGUUAG